AUGACGUGGAUUCUUUAUUUCGGUGAGAAUUUCUCCGGCUUAGAUGUCGCAAUGGCUGACGUAAAUGAUGCACAAGCAAGGGAUCGCUUUUUGCAGAUUCUUUCCGUGUGCAAGGGUUCAACUGAUUCGGCACUUUUAAUGGAGCGUCUAUCAGAUGAAACGCUUGAACAAAUAUCCUUGAUUAGUUCUCAUAUGCAGACUCGAACUCGUUAUGUGCGGAUAAAGACCAGACUUUUUUACAAACAACAAAAGUUCAAUCUUCUUCGAGAGGAGAGUGAGGGCUAUGCUAAACUGAUUGUUGAUUUGAGCAACACCCCUGUGGGUUCGGCAGAAGUUUGUAUCACCCAUAUUCGAUCUCUCAUCGGUUACUUUGACCUUGAUCCCAACCGUGUACUUGAUAUUAUUUUGGAUGUCUUUGAGAUUCGCCGGAACGCGUUUUCUCUCUUUAUUGAGUUGCUUACUUUGUAUCAGCCUGAUAAGACUGAUUUAACGCAUAUUUUGGGACACAAAUUUCACUUCUAUCAGGAAAGAGACAGCAUCACACCGGAGUCUCUACAUCGUCUUGCUGCACUCCUAGUUUCCUACAACUUGGUUGAUGUAGACGUCCUUUUUGCUCAUUUGCAGCCCUCAGAUGCAACUAUUCAUUCGGGUCGUCUGAAGAGCAUUCGUGAAGCAAAAUCUUGGAGACCGGUCAUCCACCCGUCUGGUUCCGCUAUACACGGGAGUUUGGACAACUUCAUCGCGACUGGUGGUGUAGCUCCGGCAAGUGCCGGUACAAGUACUGGUGGUGGUUCAGGAAGUCUUCUAGGUGAUCCUAAUCGACCGCUUGGUGGAGGGACUGAAACAGAUCAUUGGAAUGGUCUCAAUGGUGGAGGUAGCAGGCGAGGCGGUACUUCAGAGAUUAAUGAUGACUCGGACGACAAGAAAGAUAUUUGGUUGCCUGAAAACGACGUGGAUGUCGAAGAUUCUGGGGAGUUUCAGUUUGUUAACAACCAGAAAUUGGAUCUCUGUACGGCCUUAGCCAAUUCUGGUGAUUGGAAGGCUGCUCAAAAUAUUCUUGAUCGAUUUCCUGGUCACUGGGUCGGUUCCUAUGCGCCACUCAACAGGGCCAUAUGCAACCUAGUUCACUUUUUAAUCGACCAACUUUACGAAAGGUGA